AUGAGUCGAGCCGAUGAUCUUCUGUCAGCGCAGACCGAGCUGUACGGCCGCCUCUCGCGGUCUUAUGAGAACAUGGCCAAGUCAGGCGCCGCCAAGAUCACCCUCGGCCUACUCGAGGCCCGUCUCCAGACCCUCGAGAGUUACUGGAAGAAGUUCGUCGAACAGCACGAAGAGCUCGUGGUGGAGCUUGGCGAUGAUCUGAAAAAGGAAGAUUAUCAUAAACUGGACCUUAUGACUAAGGCUGACGAUGCCUACCAUACCCAGAAGGGGCAAUAUCUUGACGAGAUUCGGGAGAUGCGCGGCCCACUCGACGAGGCGCCCACCUCCCCGAGAACUCGAGAGGAGGCCCCCGCUCGUCAGACAGCCAAGUUGCCGCGCAUCGCCAUACCGCAAUUCUCGGGGCGCUACGAGGACUGGCCAGCGUUCCGCGACCUGUUCAUAUCUCUGGUCGUCCGCAGCCCGUUAGCGUCCCCCGUCGAGAAGCUUCAUUAUCUGAAGGCAAGUCUCAAGGGCGAAGCCGAGCAGGUCACGCGCAACUUGCCAAUGACCGACACUAACUUUGAGCCCACCUGGAGAGCCCUGGUGGCUCAUUACGAGAACCGACGGUUGCUGGCCAAGUCGUACGUCUCUCGAUUGCUCGAGCUGGCCAAGAUGAAGAGUGAGUCUGCCCCGGAGCUGCGAAAAAUCUACCAUUGUGUCAAUAGCACAAUCGGAUCGUUGGAAGGCAUCGGACGGCCUUUGACGCGUAGUGACGAUCUCUGCGUGCAGCUCAUUUCUGGUCUACUCGAUCCUGUAUCGCGGCGCGAGUGGGAAACGCAGCUCAGCAAGACGACGGAGCCGCCGUCACUCGAGGAAUUGCUCCAGUUCCUUAACGAACGGAUGCGAACGCUCGAGUCUCUUCAGCCGGCAAAGGAGGAAUCGACGUCCCCGAAGGCAACCGGGACGCCCUCCCGCCAGACUCGCACGCUGCAAGCGCGGAAGCAGGAGAGCCAGCGCGGUCGCUGCUUCCUGUGCGACCAGGACCACUAUCUCCGCCAGUGUGGUACGUACCUAGCGAAAUCCGUCGCCGAGCGCAGACAGUACGUCGAGGCUAAGGGCCUCUGCUUGAAUUGUCUUGGCCGGCAUACGCUGUCCAACUGCCCGUCGAACAAGACGUGCGUGUCGUGCCGCGCGCGGCACCACACGACGCUGCACGAGGCCUGCCUUACCGCUGCGGUUGUAAAUACCCACCAGGCAGCGGGCCCGCCUCUCGCGAUUCCUGCCACGGUCCUUUUGGCCACCGCCCGCGUUCGCGUCGCCGACCGCUUCGGCGUAGAGCACACCGCGCGCGCGCUCAUCGACCAGGGGUCCGAAUCGUCCUUGGUGUCGGAGUCACUGGCGCAGCGACUACGGUUGGCCCGGGCGCCCUCGUCGGUCGCUGUCUUCGGAGUCGGGGGGGUCCAGACGGGCCUCACCCGCGGCCUGGUCAAUUUGCGAAUUUCCCCCUUGGCGGGGGGGGAAACGAUGACGGUGCCAGCUCUAGUCUUCCCUCGGCUCACGCUCUAUGACAGUGCGAUCCAGGCGGAUCGCGGAGCGUGGACUCAUCUUAGUGGGCUGGAGCUCGCUGACCCGGAAUUCCUGACGGCCGACGCUGUGGAUCUCCUGCUGGGUGCUGACGUCUACGCCGCCAUCCUGCAACCGGGCCUGGUCAAGGGUGGACCGCAGGAGCCGAUGGCACAAAAAACGUCGUUAGGAUGGAUUCUGUCGGGGCCUGUCGGGACUUCAGGCGAGCCCCCUCGGGCUCUCGCCUUGCAGUGCCGAGUCGAGGAGGGCCUGACUGCCCUCGUCAGGGGGUUCUGGCAGCAAGAAGAGCCCCCUUCGGCUGCCGCCCUCCUUACUCCCGAGGAGCAGACCUGCGAGGACGCGUUCCGUCGGACGCACUCGCGCAACGCUGACGGCCGCUAUGUCGUUCGGCUUCCGAUCGUCAAUCCAUUGCCAGACUUGUCGGCUACGCGGCACUCGGCCGUGCGCGUGCUGACGAGCAUGGAGAGACGGUUCGCUCGGGAUGAGCGACUGCGGCAACUUUAUCGAGACUUCAUGGUGCAGUACGACGAGAUGGACCAUAUGACAAUGGUCGAGCCAUCCGGAGACUCUCCCACGCGCGUUAGCUACCUCCCCCAUCACGGCGUGUUGCGGGAGACUAGCUCGACGACCAAAUUGCGCGUCGUCUUCAACGGGUCUACGGCCCUGCCCACGGGUGAGUCUCUUAACCGAUGCCUCUUGGUGGGCCCGAACUUGUUGCCACCACUCGCCGACAUUCUACUACGAUGGCGGAAUCAUCGGUACGUCUUCGCGACCGACGUCGAGAAGAUGUACCGCCAAAUCCUGGUUCACCCUGAGGAUCGGGAUCUUCAACGGAUCGUCUGGCGGUGCGAUCCCCGGGACCACCUUCGGGAAUACCGCCUUAAUACGGUGACGUAUGGACUGGCUUGUGCGCCCUUCCUCGCUAUGCGCGCGCUCCGCCAGUUGGCUGAUGACGAGGAAGAGACGUAUCCGAGAGGCGCUGACGUCCUCCGUCGCGACGUCUACAUGGACGACGUCCUCACCGGGGCCGACACCUUGGACCGGGCUCGUGAUCUUCAACGACAGCUAACUGACCUGUGCAUGGCGGGCGGGUUCCCCCUUCGGAAGUGGUCGUCUAACCACCCCGAUGUGCUAGCGGACGUACCCGAGGACCACCGGGUGCAGCGGGAACCGCGGGGCUGGCGCCCGCAGGAAGCGCAUCCUACUCUCGGACUGCAGUGGCACCCCGCUGAGGACGCCUUUUCAUUCUCCACUCAGGCGAUUUCCGUGGCCGAAGUCACAAAGCGAUCGGUCCUCUCACUCACGGCUCGCCUGUUCGAUCCUCUUGGUUGGCUAGCCCCAAUCGUGGUGAGCGCCAAGAUCGCCUUCCAGGCCACCUGGCUCCAGGGGGUUGACUGGGAUGAGCCCCUCGAUGAGGCCGCCACCCGACGGUGGCGGGCUUAUCAGAGCGAGCUCCCCCUUUUGGAGAGGGUUCGUGUCCCUCGCUGGCUGGCGUGCGGCGGCACCGACGUGCAGCUUCACGGCUUCGCGGACGCUUCCGAGCGCGCCUACGCCGCCGUCAUCUACCUGCGAGCGGAAAUUGACGGAGCAUACCAAACGACCCUGGUAAUGGCCAAGACCAAGGUUGCUCCCAUUAAACCAGUCUCCUUGCCUAGGUUGGAGCUGUGCGCGGCCGCGCUCUUGGCAAGACUCGCCGCUCACGUUCUGAUGUCUCUCAAGCUGUCAAACGCCGCGCUCCAUCUGUGGUCAGACUCGACGGUCGCCCUGAGCUGGAUCCGCAGUCAUCCCACCAGGUGGAAGACGUACGUGGCCAACCGAGUGGCCGAUAUCCAGACCACUGUGCCCGAGACGCGAUGGCGCCAUGUCCCGGGCGUUGACAAUCCGGCAGACUGCGCCUCGCGGGGAAUUCCUCCGGGGGAGCUCGUGAAACACUCACUCUGGUGGCGGGGCCCGUCGUGGCUCCGGGCGGAGCCAUCGUCUUGGCCGAGCCAACCUGCACUACUCAAUGACGGGGACCUCCCCGAAGAACGGACACGCUGUCUUGCCAACGCUGCCAUCCCGAAGCCUGCGGAGGAGCCUGCCGAGCUCCUCAGGUUCUCCGACUGCUGCGCGUGA